CAAGUGGCCACCACAGCUGGAGUUGAGCUGUGGGGAAGUGGGGCAAGCUGGGACAUGAGCUGGCGCCCGUGGGGGAUGCCGGCACAAGCAAGGCGAGGCCUUCAGCCACUGUGGUGCUGUUAUCUAAGGAGCUGCAGCAAGGGAGGAGACGGCAAGCUCUCCAUCCGCUGACCCCCUCUGUUGCUCUACUCCCCCGUGCUGCCCCGGCCCAAGCCAGCAGCUUCAUCCUGGCCUCUGCGUGGGUGGCUGGGCCGCGACCUUCGGGUGCUCUGUGGCAUGGGAAGUGGAGCAUUGCAGGGGGGAUACGAGCUGUUGGGGUAUGGGUUACCUGUUGUGUCAUGAUGCCGGCCCCUGGGGGCUAGCGGCUUGAGUGAGACCAGCAAGGCUCUGGUGGCACCUCCAGGGCCUGGUGACCUGCCACUUAGCACCUGAGGCAGCCACGCUCCGUGGGUGCCGGGAUGGGGGGCCCAGUGGCCCAUCAUCUGAGCUGCAGGGGGAGUGAGCCCGGUACUUGAGGGAGACUGGCCUCACGCAGGCCCAUCAGGCACUGGUGCCCAGCUCCACUUACUUCAGAAUUCCACUUAUAGAAUUCCAUGGUACACUCCCCUGAAAAGCGUCUGCAGGGGCUCCAUGUGCCAGGUGCUCUGAGUCGGAGUGCCCUCUGGUUGUGCCAUGGACCUCUCGUUCUGCACCCACACUCGUUACCUGCAGCAGGAGAGCCCUGCCCUGGCACCAGGGCUGGUUCUGUGGUGCCAGCCUGCCGGCAUGUCCUCCCCCUGGUCAUGGGCCCCGGCAGAGGCUGGCAGAGUGUGGUGGGGGAGUGCCUUGCUGCUUUGCACCGUGGCAUCGGGCACUGCCCAGCCCUGACCAGCCUCUUGUUGGCUUGCAGGAAGCUCUUCGUGGGCGGUCUCGACUGGAGUACAACCCAAGAGACAUUGCGCAGCUAUUUCUCCCAGUAUGGGGAGGUUGUGGACUGUGUCAUCAUGAAGGACAAGACCACCAACCAGUCUCGCGGGUUUGGGUUUGUCAAAUUUAAGGAUCCAAACUGCGUGGGCACGGUGCUGGCCAGCAGACCACACACGCUCGAUGGCCGCAACAUCGACCCCAAGCCCUGCACGCCUCGGGGGAUGCAGCCGGAACGGACUCGACCCAAGGAAGGCUGGCAGAAAGGAACCAGGAGCGACAGCAGUAAAUCCAACAAGAUAUUUGUCGGGGGCAUUCCUCACAACUGUGGGGAGACGGAGCUGAGGGAGUACUUCAAGAAGUUCGGCGUGGUCACCGAGGUGGUCAUGAUCUAUGACGCGGAAAAGCAGAGGCCUCGAGGUUUUGGAUUUAUUACUUUCGAGGACGAACAAUCAGUGGACCAGGCUGUCAACAUGCAUUUUCACGACAUCAUGGGCAAAAAAGUGGAGGUUAAACGGGCUGAGCCUCGGGACAGCAAGAGCCAGGCGCCGGGACAGCCAGGUGCCAGCCAGUGGGGCAGCCGGGUGGUGCCCAAUGCUGCCAAUGGCUGGGCAGGGCAGCCCCCGCCCACGUGGCAGCAAGGAUACGGCCCACAAGGCAUGUGGGUGCCAGCCGGACAGGCGAUCGGUGGCUACGGACCCCCCCCUGCCGGCAGAGGGGCGCCCCCUCCGCCCCCGCCCUUUACCUCCUACAUUGUAUCCACGCCGCCCGGCGGCUUCCCGCCUCCUCAGGGCUUCCCGCAGGGCUACGGCGCGCCCCCCCAGUUCAGUUUCGGCUAUGGCCCUCCGCCCCCGCCACCGGAUCAGUUUGCCCCUCCAGGGGUUCCUCCUCCGCCUGCCACCCCAGGGGCAGCGCCUCUCGCCUUCCCGCCGCCCCCGUCUCAGGCUGCCCCAGACAUGAGCAAGCCCCCUACAGCCCAGCCGGAUUUUCCUUACGGCCAGUACGCAGGCUACGGGCAGGACUUGAGCGGCUUCGGACAGGGCUUCUCGGACCCGGGCCAGCAGCCUCCCUCCUACGGGGGCCCCUCGGUGCCGGGCUCGGGGGGGCCCCCCGCCGGCGGCAGUGGCUUCGGACGCGGCCAGAACCACAACGUGCAAGGCUUCCACCCCUACCGACGCUGACCGGCCCGGCCGGGCCCGGGACUCGAACUCGUGACAAUCACACUUGGCAGCAAAAUGCGACUGGAGCUGGGGGGGCGCGAGGCUUCUGUCGGCGGCUGGGCGUGUCUGGACUGAGGCUUAUCAAUUUCUUUCUUUCUCUAACCCAUCAGCACAAUAAAAAAAAAGUCACUGGUUCACCAACAGGGUUUUGAAAAACGUCUUCAGCUUUAAUUCAGAUCUUCAGGUUCCUUUUACUUCCUUCUUUGAAAUUAUUUUCCUGAGCCUUUUGUUUGACCGUAUAUUGUAAACUUUUAUGUUAAAGGAAAAAAAAAUAUACAUUUACAAAUUGUGAGAUUUUUCAGAGAAAUUUUCUACGAUGUAUACUGGCUUAUUUUUUAAUUUAAAACAGGGUUCCGUCGGCACUGGGGCGGGGGGCCUGCCUGUCCAGAAGAAACCUACUGAGUGUGUUUUUGUUUUUGUUUAUUCCUUGCUUCUGUCGACUGCCGGGGGCGUGUGCAGGUGCUCUGUGGGCCCGAGCGGCGGGGCGGCCACGCGUGGGGCCGGCGGACGCGCAUCGCUGGGGCGGCGUCCCCACCGCUCUGCCCUGCUGAGAAUAAAGAAGUGCGUUUGGAUU